AUGGGUUUGCUUGGUAUCUUUAAGGAGCUUGUUCUGUCUGCAGUGAAGUUAACAAUUAUAGCAACUUCAGUAGCAGCUCAAGCUAAACCGGACUGUCAAAGCAAGUGCGGAAAUAUCAACAUCCCAUACCCUUUUGGAACAGGCAGUCCUGGUUGUAAUAUCAGUAGGAGCUUUUUCAUCCAUUGUAACACUACUUUCAACCCUCCAAAAGCAUUCUUAACCACCAGCAAUAUUGAAGUUCUCAACAUCUCUCUGGAUGGUUAUUUGCGCAUCGUUGAUUCGAUAGGUUAUGACUGUUACAACUCAUCAGGACGUAGUUCAUAUUUUGAUACGUGGAUCACACUUUCAAAAUUUCUCAUAUCUCAUGCCAAAAACAAGUUCACAGCUAUUGGUUGUGACACCUACGCUUAUUUUCAAGUGAAGUUAACAAUUGUAGCAACUUCAGUAGCAGCUCAAGCAAAACCGGGCUGCCAUAAUAACUGCGGAAAUAUCAGCAUCCCGUACCCUUUUGGUACAGGCAGUCCUGGCUGUAAUAUCAGUAGCAGCUUUUUCAUCCGUUGUGACACUACUUUCAACCCUCCAAAAGCAUUCCUAACCACCAGCAAUAUUGAAGUUCUCAACAUCUCUCUGGAUGGUUAUUUGCGCAUCGUUGCUUCGAUAGGUUAUGACUGUUACAACUCAUCAGGACGUAGUUCAUAUUUCGAUAUGUGGAUCACACUUUCAAAAUUUCCCAUAUCUCAUACCAGAAACAAGUUCACCGCUAUUGGUUGUGACACCUACGCUUAUGUUCAAGGUUCCUUAGGACAUAACUAUUCAACCGGAUGUUUAACAUUUUGUAAUGAAAUUACCGAUGUGAUAAAUGGAUCUUGCUCUGGCAUUGGCUGCUGCCAGACGGGUAUCCCAAAAGGAGUGAGGAGUUAUCAUGUAACUUUUUAUAGUUCCUUCAACCAUUCCUAUGUAUUGGGCUUCAAUCCUUGCAACUACGGCUUUGUUGUAGAAGAUGGAGCCUAUAGCUUCUUUGUUUCAGAUCUUUACACAAAAAAUUUCACUGACCGGGAAUUUCCAAUUAUUCUUGAUUGGACAAUCGGGAAUCAAACUUGCACAGAAGCUAAAAUGGAUCCAGAAAAUUAUGCUUGCAAGGAAAACAGCUAUUGUAUAGAUCCAGAAAAUGGCCCUGGAUAUCUGUGCAAGUGUCUUGACGGUUUUCAGGGUAACCCUUACCUUUCCCAUGGUUGCCAAGAUAUUAAUGAGUGUGACACACUGAAGCCUUGCGAUGGAACAUGUAACAAUGUACCUGGAAGUUAUAGUUGUUCAUGCCCUGAAGGGUUUGAGGGCGAUGGCUGGAAAAAUGGAACAGGCUGCAGUCCUAAGGUUAUCCCCCACCGUCAGAGUUUUCCAUUUCUUGUUGUUGCCCUAGGCGUUAGUCUAUUAUCUUCCCUCUUGUGCUCGUCAUGGGUGUAUUUGGGGCUCAGGCAAAGAAAGCUCACCAAAUUGAAACAGAAAAACUUUCAGCAAAAUGGUGGAAUUUUGUUGCGAGAACAACUUUCGAAACUUGAAGAAUGCAGCGAAACAGGUAAAAUAUUUACAGCCGACGAACUCAGGAAGGCAACGAACAACUACCAUGAAACUAGAAUACUCGGAAAAGGAGGUCAGGGGACUGUUUACAAAGGAAUAUUGCCUGAUGGUCGAAGGGUUGCCAUAAAAAAAUCCAGCAUUGGAGAUCAAAGCCAAGUUCAACAAUUCAUUAAUGAAGUUAUUGUGCUAUCCCAAAUCAACCAUAGGAAUGUGGUAAAACUCUUGGGAUGUUGUUUGGAGACACCAGUCCCCUUGCUAGUCUAUGAAUAUGCAAGGAAUGGAACCCUCUUCAACCACUUGCACAAUGCUGCUCUUGCAUCAGUCAUGUCAUGGGAAACUCGUCUGAAAAUAGCCAUAGAAACGGCAGAAGCCCUUUCCUAUUUGCACUCAGCUGCAUCUCCGCCGAUUAUUCAUCGCGAUGUCAAGUUGACCAACAUACUUUUAGACGAAACUUACAAUGCUAAAGUAUCUGACUUUGGCGCUUCAAGAUUGGUCCCUACAGAUAAAACACAGAUAACAACGCUUGUGCAGGGGACUCUCGGUUACUUGGAUCCUGAAUACUUGCAUACAAGUCAAUUGACCGAAAAAAGUGAUGUUUAUAGCUUUGGGGUCGUUCUCAUUGAGUUACUAACAGGUCUACAAGCGCUUUCUUUUGAAAGACCAGAAAAAGAGAGGAAUUUGUCUAUGUACUUUGUUUCUGCGAUAAAAGAGGGUCUCUUGCUAGAAAUUCUUGAUAGACGAGUGGUGAAUGAAAAAAACAUUGAGCAGCUUAAGGAGGUGGCAACUUUAGCUAGGAGAUGUGUGAGAGUGAAGGGAGAGGAAAGGCCAACUAUGAAGGAAGUUGCCUCUGAAUUAGAAGGAUUGCUGGCAAUGGAGAAACAGCUAUGGGGAAAAGGCGACUUACAUGAGGAAGAGGCUGAACCCUUGCUUGAUGACCCGUAUAAAAAUAGCAUUCGCUAUGAUGGCUCAACUAGCUUCUCGAUGGGGCCUGACAGCAUUAAAAACCAAGUCAGUUUUGAAGUUGAUGGUGCACGAUGAUCUCCUUUUACCUGUUGGUUUUCCUAUACAUUUUCUUCUCCUUCUCUUGGUUGUGAAAGAUGUUAUCUGAUUAGCUUAAAUAGUGAGCUUGUUGUAUUAGAAAUUGGA